AUGGUUCCUGUCCUUCCUACUCCCACUCGUAAUGCCUAUACGUCCCAAAUGACCAGUGAGAAAAGAAAUGCAACUCAACCUCCACUCUAUCACCAACGCCAAUCUCUUAUGCUCUGUGCUGUUCAUGCAAUCAACAAUGUUCUUCAAAGAGAUGCCGUUACUAAGGCCGAUUUGAAUAGGAUUUGUGAGGAACUCGCCCCUAACUGUUCACCUCUGAUGAACCCCCACCGCAACAUCCUGGGUCUGGGAAAUUUUGACGCCAACGCCCUGAUAGUCGCUCUCCAACAGACUGGUCACGAUAUUGUUUGGUUUGACAAACGCACCAGCCUCGCGGAACACCGUCUGGACUGGAACAAAAUUGUCGGGUGUAUUCUGAACACACGUCGGAAGAGCCUCGCUUCCGUGGGUGGACGGCAUUGGGUGGCCUUCCGUGGAUUUCCGACCUCAGACCCCGAUGUGGUAAACUACUAUGACUUUGACUCCAAAUUGCGACAACCAGCGCUGGUCGCGAAGUCUCACGCCCAAUUUUCCGAAUACAUCGAGCGACGCCUAAAGGAGUUGCCUGACUCUCAGCUCCUUUUCGUGGUGCCUAAGGAAGUGCUCGCUGAUCGGACCUGGCGCUUGCCUCCCUCGCCUAAACCCACGGUCGAGGAGGAGCUGGUUGUAGAGCAGCGUCGCUCUCAUCCGGUUGCCAAGACCAGCUGA